UCUCUAGCAGUAUAAAUUCUUGUUUGAAUAGGAUUAUCACACAUCAUUAAUUGUAAUCCUAAUGAAGCAUUUUCUUUUGGUAUUGUUUAGUGUUCUUACUACUAUUUUGGUUUUGAUACAAGCUCAGGAUCAAUCAGGAUUCAUUAGCAUAGAUUGUGGUCUACCUGCGCAUUUAAACUAUUCUGCGUUGGACACAGGCAUAAAUUAUAUUUCAGAUGCCAAAUUCAUAGAUACUGGUGUAACUAAGAGGAUAACGCCUACAAACAAUAAUAUUAAACAGGAACUAGAAUAUUUGAGGAGCUUUCCAAGUGGAGUGAGAAAUUGUUACAAAAUAAAUGUAACAAGUGGUACUAAAUAUUUAAUCAGAGCUACUUUUCUUUAUGGAAGCUAUGAUGGUUUAGACAAGCCACCACAAUUUGAUCUUCAUUUUGGACCUAAUGUGGUGGCUACAGUGAGGUUCUCCAACCAUACAUCACACUUCACAUACAGGGAAAUCAUUUAUACUCCAUCACAAGAUUACAUACAACCAUGUUUUGUUAACACAGGAAACGGAACUCCAUUCAUUUCAGUUAUAGAAUUGAGGACUUUGAACAACACAGCUUAUGUCACAUACCCGGCUAAUUCUGUGUUAUCAUUCUGGAAACGAUCUGAUGUAGGUUCCAUCACAAACUUACAGUACAGGUACAAAGAUGAUGUUUAUGACCGCAUCUGGUUUCCUUGGGAUUUACCCAGUGAUUUGAGACGACUAAGCACCUCACUUAACAAAACUGAUUUAAAUCAGAGUAGUUAUAAACCACCAGAAAUUGUGAUGAGCACUGCUGUUACACCAGUAAAUGCCAGUGCCCCUAUACAAUUUCAAUGGGAUGCAAAUAAUGUAAAUGAUCGAUUCUACCUCUACAUGCACUUUAAUGAGGUUGAAGAGCUGGCAGAAAAUGAAACUAGAGAGUUCAAUAUCACAGUGAAUGACAAGUUUCUGUAUGGACCUGUGACACCAUAUACUACCAUAUUUAGUACAAAACCUUUGACUGGAGCCCCAAGGUAUCAUGUUUCCCUUUCGAAGAAAGAUAAUUCAACCCUUCCACCCAUCCUGAAUGCUUUUGAGGUUUAUAAACAAAGAGACUUCUCAAUAUCAGAAACUCAACAAGAUGAUGUUGAUACUAUGACAAACAUCAAGAAUGCUUAUGGUGUGGCAAGAAAUUGGCAAGGAGAUCCAUGUGCCCCUGUGAAUUACAUGUGGGAAGGCCUAAACUGUAGUAGUGAUGGCAAUAACAUUCCAAGAAUCACAUCUUUGAAUUUGUCUUCAAGUGGAUUGACAGGGGAGAUAUCAUCUUCCAUAUCAAAGCUCACUAUGUUGCAAUACUUGGAUUUAUCAAACAAUAGCUUGAAUGGUCCUUUACCUGAUUUUCUGAUGCAGCUGAGGUCACUAAAAAUAUUAAAUGUAGGGAAGAACAAACUUACAGGGUUAGUUCCAAGUGAACUCCUUGAGAGAUCAAAAACAGGUUCACUAUCUCUGAGUGUGGAUGAUAAUCCUGAUCUUUGUAUGACAGAAUCCUGCAAAAAGAAGAACAUUAUUGUACCACUGGUUGCAUCGUUUUCAGCAUUAGUUGUAAUCAUUUUUAUUUCUUUUGGAUUUUGGAUAUUCAGAAGACAAAAAGCUGUACUUACGUCUUCAAAUUCUAAGGAAAGGGGUUCAAUGAAAUCAAAACACCAAAAAUUCAGUUAUUCUGAAAUUCUCAACAUUACUGAUAACUUCAAAACUACUAUUGGAGAAGGAGGAUUUGGAAAAGUUUACUUUGGCACUCUACAAGAUCAAACUCAAGUCGCUGUUAAGAGCCUUUCACCCUCAUCAAUGCAAGGUUAUAAGGAAUUUCAAUCAGAGACACAACUUCUAAUGAUUGUUCAUCAUAGAAAUUUGGUUCCCCUCCUUGGAUAUUGUGAUGAAGGUCAAAUCAGAGCAUUGAUUUAUGAAUACAUGGCCAAUGGAAAUCUGCAACACUUUUUAGUGGAAAAUUCAAAUAUCUUAAGUUGGAAUGAGAGGCUUAGCAUUGCAGUUGACACAGCACAUGGAUUGGAUUAUCUGCAUAAUGGAUGUAAACCUCCUAUUAUGCAUAGAGAUUUGAAGCCUUCAAACAUAUUGCUAGAUGAGAACUUACAUGCAAAGAUUGCUGAUUUUGGUCUAAGUAGAGCUUUUGGUAACGAUAAUGAUUCUCAUAUAUCGACACGCCCUGCUGGUACAUUUGGUUACGCUGAUCCAGUAUAUCAAAGAACAGGAAACACAAAUAAGAAAAAUGAUAUCUACAGCUUUGGAAUAAUUCUAUUUGAGUUGAUCACUGGCCAAAAGGCACUAAUAAAAGCAUCUGAAGAAACCAUUCACAUACUUCAAUGGGUUAUUCCAAUAGUUGAAGGAGGAGAUAUUCAAAAUGUUGUUGAUUCAAGGUUGCAGGGUGAAUUUAGCAUCAAUUCAGCAUGGAAAGCAGUAGAGAUUGCCAUGUCAUGCACUUCACCAAAUGCAAUUGAAAGGCCAGACAUGAGCGAAAUAUUGGUAGAUCUAAAGGAAUGUCUAUGUUUGGAGAUGGUUCAGAGAAAUAAUGGAAGCAAGAGUGCUAGAGAUGAAUUGGUUUCUGUAGCUACUGUAUCAGAAACCAGUCUUUCAGGUAGAUAACCACCAUUUAUAAUGAUAAAUUUAUCCUCCAUAUACUCAGUGUCACUCCAAAUGUCAUAGUACAUUAGUCCUUGUUGUAUCAUCAUAUACAAUAAUUUGUAUUCUUGAAGUUUUCAAGGAAUAGUAAAAUUAUUGUGUCAACUACUA